CUGAGGUGUUGUGAUUCAGAUGCUGCUGCAGUGUAGAGUCCUCUGACCAAGGUCACGCUCACAGGUAGGCAGUACAAAGCUGAAACUCAAGCCCUUGUGAUCAGGAUGAGACUUGAUUUUAAUCAAAGUGAUGGUAAAGCUGGGGCAUGGAAUGUGUCAGUACUGUAGUGCAAGACAAAAGCGAAUUUUUUUUUUUUUGUUUCCCUCGUUAAAACAUAUCAACCAACAUGUUAGAGGAGCACCAAAAUUGUUACAGGUGGCACCAGACAAUGACUGACCUCUGGUUUUCGUCAGAGGCUUGUUCUAAAUGGAAAGUAGUUGGGAGGUCAACAAAAACGUUGACUAUUAAUGUGGAUUUUACAAAAAACAGUCUCAUCUUUUCACGCCUCAGAUUUACAUCGGACCUCAGACGGGGUCCCGCAUGGAACUUGAUCUAUAAAUUACUUUUGGGGAAGAGUAACCCGUAUUCACGCGAGUGACCGCAACAAUGAGUUUAUUUUGACCUGGGCCUCCGCGGAACGUUCGAUUCACGCGGAACAAAAGGGGAGACACUGGUUUCUGGUAGGAACAGCAACAGUGAUGUACACCGGAAGUGUUGUUUGUGUUGAGUGCAAAACUCUAACCAGUGCUUUCGUCGCCAUGGCUUUUCAGCAGUAGUAUCUAAUUAGACGGUAGCCUACUGUUACAAUACAUUUAAGUGGCUAAACAUGCCGAAGGUCGUGUCUAGAAGUGUUGUGUGCUCGGACACCAGAGACAGAGAGGAGUACGACGACGGAGAAAAGCCUCUUCAUGUCUACUACUGCCUGUGCGGUCAGAUGGUUUUGGUGUUGGACUGCCAGCUAGAGAAGCUGCCCAUGAGGCCCCGGGACCAAGCCAGGGUGAUCGAUGGGGCCAAACAUGCCCACAAGUUCUGCAACGUGGAGACGGACGAAAACGCGUACAUCAAGAGAGCCGAGGGCAUCGAGAGGCAGUACCGCAAGAAGUGCGGCAAGUGCGGCCUGCUACUCUUCUACCAGCACCAGGAGAAGAACAACCCGGCCACCUUUAUCGUGGACGGAGCCGUGGUCAAGUUCGGGCAGGGCUUCGGCAACACCAGCGUCUACAGCCAGAAGCAGCCGGAGGCUCCUAAGAAAGUCCGCGUGAUGAUGACCAAGCGGACCAAAGACAUGGGCAAGUUCAGCUCUGUCACAGUUUCCACCAUCGACGAGGAGGAGGAGGAGAUCGAGGCCAGGGAGGUGGCGGACUCGUACGCCCAAAACGCCAAAGUGAUUGAGAAGCAGCUGGAGAGGAAGGGCAUGAGCAAGAGGAGGCUGCAGGAGCUGGCUGAGCUGGAGGCCAAGAAGGCGAAGAUGAAGGGCACUCUUAUUGAUAAUCAGUUCAAGUAGAGGAGUCUCAAUGAGGGACGCCCUGUGUUGUCUUCUGGAGAACUUAAUCCACACUUGUGUUAUCUUUCCAGUAGUUUGUCUGGGGCGACACAGCACUGCAGUACAUAGAGGACAAUAUUUGGACAUAUCAGUACAGGACUGAUGAUUUGUGUAGGUGUUGCAUAUUAAGAUGGUGAUCUUGCUUGGGGAGGGGUAGACCUUUAAAUUUGUUUAAACUGUUUAAAAUUAAAAGACCAAAUUAAUCUGUGUGUUUGUUUUUUUUAAAGCAAACACUGUGGUGUCCUGCAAGUCUUCAGGUGUUUUGAAAUUGUGAGUUCAAGGUCACUGAUCUUAAAUACUGUCAAACAGUGUGUCUUAACUAUAACUCUCUGAAUGAUAGAUAAAUCAGGCACUAUUCUAAAGGGAAUGUAUAUGUAAAGCCGAAGUGAUUAAUUGAUUGUCAGAAACAUAAUUGGCAACAAUUCUGCUCUGAUCAAUUAAUCACUUUAGUCAUUCAUCAAGAAACAUUGCCAAACUUUCUCUGGUUCCGUUCUCAAAUGUGAAGAUUUGCAGCUUUUUUCUGUUUUAUAUGAUUCAAAAUUAAAUAUCUUUUGGUUUUUGAUUCCA